UUUAUUGGCUAAAAUAUAAUUUAUAAUGAUUUACAAGUAUUAUGUUUCCCUUUCUUUCUUUCUUUUUCUUUUUCUUUUAAUUUAUACAUCUAUAAUGGCAGAUAUAGGUAGUUCUGACACCACUUCUGUUUGCUAUAAAACUGCAGAUUGCACUUUUGAAUAUUGUGUUGAAAAAUCUAACUUGGGAGCAAAUGAAUAUGAAUUAAUGAUAGCAGAACAACCCAAUGAAAGAUCUUUAAUAAAACAGCUGGGAAUCUUGGAUCGGUUUUUAAUUGUAUGGAUUUUAUUAGCAAUGAUAAUUGGAGUUAUUAUUGGCUAUUUUGUACCUCACGUUCAAGAAUCAUUUGAAGUGAUUCAAUUUGGAUCCGUCUCUGUCCCGAUUGCUAUUGGCUUAUUAGUGAUGAUGUAUCCUGUUUUAUGUAAAGUUCAAUAUGAACGAUUAAAUAUCAUUUUAUCAAACAAACAGAUCUGGCUUCAAAUCCUGAUUUCAGUUAUUAUCAAUUGGAUUAUCGGGCCUAUUAUCAUGACAGCGCUUGCUUGGGCAUGUUUACCUGAUUUACCUGGUUUCCGUACAGGUGUAGUGAUGGUUGGAUUAGCUAGAUGUAUUGCUAUGGUUUUUAUCUGGAAUACACUUGCAGGGGGUGACCCAGACUAUUGCGCAGUACUUGUUGCUAUCAACUCUAUCCUUCAAAUUGCACUGUAUUCACCUUAUUCUCUAUUAUUCAUUAAUAUUAUCCCUUCUUGGUUUGGUGCAUCAGUUGAUCAAUCAAUUCAUGUUGAUACUUGGCCUGUGGCGCAAUCGGUAUUAAUCUAUCUAGGUAUCCCUCUUAUUGCAGGCAUCAUAACACGAUACACGUUAAGGUGGCUUAAAGGUAGCAGCUGGUAUGAUCAUCGAUUCUUACUUUAUUUUGGACCCUUGGCAUUAAUUGGUUUACUUUAUACUAUCAUUAUCAUGUUUGCAAAUCAAGGUCAUCAUAUCAUUACUCAUAUUGGAUCUGUUGCUCGUGUAGCUGUCCCGUUAAUUAUCUAUUUUCUUGUCAUGUUCUUCAUACCUUUCUUUCUUUUGAAAUCUGUCUUCCAUUUCCCUUAUGAACUGGUCGUUACUCAAUCUUUUACAGCAGGUAGUAAUAAUUUUGAAUUGGCGAUUGCAGUCGCAGUGGGUACCUAUGGCAUUCAGUCAGAACAAGCUUUAGCUGCCACGAUAGGUCCCUUAAUCGAAGUCCCCGUCUUACUUUGUCUUGUUUAUGUUUCUCUUUAUUUCAAAAGAAAACUAAAUUGGGGGGAAAAAAAGAAAAAAAAUGAAAGCAGUAUCCCCUAAAAUAAAUGAAUAUUUAUUAUUAUUAUUUUACUAAAA